AUGAAGGACGAGCUCGAAGCGCUCGACAAUGAGAAGCCGCCGCCCGAGCUGCAGCUGGCCGCCAACAAGCAACACAAGGGCUACGCAGUUGUCGACCUGCCUGCCACGGGCAAGGAGCGCCUGGUGGUUCUGGGCUCUGGCUGGGGAGCAGUUUCGCUGCUAAAAACACUACAGGCUGACCUGUAUGACGUCAUAUCUAUCUCACCGCACAACUACUUUGUGUUCACUCCACUGCUACCCUCUGUGACUGUUGGUACCGUCGAGUUCCGGUCAGUUAUGGAGCCCAUCCGCAGAAUCCUGAAGCGCACGCGUGGCCGAUACAUCGAGGCAGGCGCUGUGGACGUUGAUUUUGAGGCAAAGAUGGUGCUGGUCGAGAAGCAGGGGCAGUUUAUGUGGGUGCCGUAUGACCGUCUGGUUGUAGGGGUGGGCGCCCAGAGCGUCACCCACGGUAUCGACGGCUUGCAACACUGCCACCAGCUCAAGAGCGUCUCCGACGCGAGGAGCAUUCGGCAGCACAUCAUGGCCAACUUUGAGAAAGCAGUCCUGCCCACCACAUCGCUGGAGGAGAAGAGGCGGCUGCUGACAUUUGUCGUAUGUGGCGGCGGCCCCACUGGCUGCGAGUUUGCCGCCGAGCUCUACGACUUGCUGGUCGAAGACCUUGUCCACUACUUCCCCGAAACCAUCCAGGGCUUGGUUAACGUUGUGAUUGUGCAGUCGCGCGACCACAUCCUCAACAUGAUGGACCAGAAGGUCUCCGAGUUCGCCGAGGACACGUUCAGCCGACGCAACAUGAAAGUUAUUACCAAUUCCAGGGUAGCCCGUAUCACAGAGUCGUCAAUUUUCUACACCAGCAAGGACCUCGAGGGCAAUGUAACUGAGCACGAGGUCCCUCAGGGAUUCGUGCUGUGGUCUACGGGUCUGAGCCUCACGCCGUUCACGCGUCUCAUCUGCGACCGCCUGGCUGACUCGCAGAAGAACCGGCACGCAAUCACUGUCGACGACCAUCUGCGCGUGAAGGGUAUCUCUGACGGCUCAGUGUAUGCGCUCGGCGACUGUGCCACGGUUGAGAUGCCGCACCUUCUGGAGCAUAUCCAGGAGCUGUUUGAUUCGGUUGAGCAUACCAACACCGGCGAGAUCACAAGGGACGAGUUUGAAGUGUUUAUUCACAGUACCGCGCGCAAGUAUCCUUUGGCGGCUGGCCAUCUGAAGGAGCUGGGGGUGCAUUUUGACGACUUUGACGCCGACGGCAACGGUGUAAUCUGUCUCAGCGAGUUCAAAAACAUGCUAGUCCAUGUCGACCGCAGCCUCACCGCUUUGCCGGCGCUAGCCCAGGUCGCCGACCAGGAAGGUGCAUAUCUGGGUCGCUCUCUGAGUAUCCUGGCAAAGACGUUCGCCGAAACGUCCGACAACGCCCAUUCCAGCGUGCAUGACAAAGCUAUCCAGCCAUUCAACUACCACCAUCACGGCACGCUGGCGUAUCUGGGCAGGGCCGCUGCUGCUGACUUUGGGGGUGGAUAUACGUACCGGGGUAGCAAUCUUGCUGCAAAGUACCUUUGGAGGAGCACAUACUGGAGCAUGCAGGUUAGUCUCAGAACCAGACUCAUGCUGGCCAUGGACUGGACACGGGAACUGCUCUUCGGCCGCGACAUUUCGCGCUUUUAG